CUAAUAAUAGCCAAUAGAAAAACUUUUCCACUUGAAGCUGCGUUCUGAUUGGUUAAAAAAAAUCAUCUGGCUCAUAAAGGCGAGACUCCGAGGUGACUUGUCUAAAUGUAAACAAAGAAGAGGCGAGCAAGAGGCCGGUGUGAGAAAGCAAGCCUAUUAAAAAAUGGAGAAUGAAAACCCCAUAAAGACACCUGUCGAGGAGACAGAAGGAGGAUGGUUGCAUCAGUUGGUUGUAUACGCUGCCAGGAACCCAUGGGAGUUUUGUUGGUACCUCCUACUUGCUCUUUCUCCACUUUUCUGUAUCUCAGCUGUCCUCUCAUGGAAACUGGCAAAGGCUCUGGAAGCACAGGAGAAGGAAAAGAACCGAAAGGACAAGAAAAAAGCUAACUUGAUGAAAGUUAAACGAGGGAAAGCUAACUGAUGUUUAGCCAGUCAGUGGAUCUGCCAUUGUAUUGCCCAUUGGCACUCACAAAGCUCCUUCCAGCUGUGAUCUGUCGGCCAAGUAUUUUGUGGCUUAUGUAGAAUAUUGUGGUACCCCUUGAGAGUGCCCUUCAGAGCUGUAUCUGAUAUCUCACGCUUGGGAAAAUUGGUAGAAGUCACACACGUUAGCCUUUCAUUCAUCAUAUCCCCCCCUCUCCUCCUCCUCCCCUUUUACAUUUCUAAACCCAAGCCUUCCCUCUACUGUUAUGCUGCAAAUCCCGACCAACACGUUUUAUAUCUUGGGCUUUUGACACACAUGCAUCUGCCACAAAAAAACAAAAACAAAAAACAAAAAAAACAAAAAAAAAUGGCCUCAUAUUGUGUCACAUUUAGAUUUCUGGAAGUGUCUCCUUUUUAUAAAUAACUUUGUAGUGUUUCUGAGGGUGAUGAGUUUUGAUUAAGACUCUGUGGGACUUGAUAAAAAAAAAAAAAGUAAUUAAAAGUAAGUAGAUAAACAAUAAUAAUAACAACAACAAAAAAAACAUUGUCAUUUCAAGUUGAAGAUGCACUGUGCCGAUCAGUACCUAUUGGUAAAUUCCAUGUAGCUUGUCCUUUAAUAAAUUGCCAACUGUAAAUUGAUAUUUCCUAAAGUUAUAUCUUAAUGAGAAUGACUGUCAAAUGGUUAGUUUUAAGUCAAGUAUGUUGUUAUGUUGGAAUUAAUGUGGAUGUUGUGAAAGACAAUGUGCUGCUUUUCUUGGUAUGAUGUAUAUUAAUUAUUUGAUUUAUCCUAUUUUAUGAUGUGCAUUACUGUAGGUUAGAAGCAGUGGUUUGGUAAAAUUGUUUUAUUAUAUACAGAUAUGAUCAGUUGAGUUUGAUGUGGUACAAGUAUUAGUAAUUGUAAUGCAGAUAUUCCUUUGUUAUGUGUGCUUUUAGAAUAUAAAGAAAGUUGAUUGUUAUUUGUCUAUGCUUCUCUUAUUUCAUCUGCAUUUUGUAUACCAUUAUUUUAUUAUAUAAUUAUGUUACUUUCAAAAGAUUUCAUAUUUUUAUCACAAUGAGAGCACAAAAAGGUUUUAAGCAUUAAUGUAAGUUAUUUUUAUGAACUCUCACUAUAGUUUGUGUUUAAUGUCAUUGUAGCUGUACUGUUAUAAUAGUCUUUAUAAGAAUGUGAAAAUUUAAAAUUAAGUGUCUUUUAUCUAUUUUUCACAGUUAAUCAUUUAAUAUUUUUUUGCAUUUAAACUUUUGAAAAUACAGAAUGUGAUGUGUUUAAUUUGGCCUCUUUGGUAGGCUUGUGCUGUUUGCCUGUUUUCCAAACAGCACUUACACUUAGUGUUAUUUUAUUUCAGGCAAACAAUAUUUCAGUGGAUGCAUUUAUAUUAUUGAGAUGUGCAAUUUCUUGAAGAUUUUUUCUUGGUAGAUUCCUUUCAUUGUUACAGAAAGAAAUACAAGUGAUGAUUGGUGCCAGUCACAGUUAAAAAUUUGGUUCUUGCUUCAUAAAAACCUCAAUGCUAUAUGUCUGAUUUGUGCUGCACUGUCAUUUUGUACCUGUUCUACUUUACUGUACACAGGCUACUCAGUGGACAUCCAUUCUGUUCAGGUGUUUUUGAGCAAUUUAUAGUUGGUGAUUAUGUAAGUAGGAUGUAUGCUUAAACCUAUGGUGGACGUUAUGUCCUUCAGUUCUAUGGAUCUUCUGAAGUUUUUACAAUACUUUACUAUAGUGCUAUAUGGCCUUUAAUAUCUAGCACAGUUAUUUGUUUAAACCAUUAACCAUUAACCACUGAAGUGUUUUAAAUUGUUGUAAUGGAUAAAUUCUUUUGGAAGUAGAAAAAUCCCAAAAUAGAGGAUUAGAUACCAUAAUUUAAAGUUAGAUGUUGAUAAUGAUAAUGGUGCACUAUAGAGUUAAAGCUUUCUCUUUAAUGCAUUUGCUUGAGCUUAUGUUAUUUACCUUUCUUUAUGUCAUUCCAGUGCCCACAAGUAUUCACUCUCUUCUGUGAAACUUUUUUUUUUUUGCUGAAGUAACAGUCAUAAGCAUAUAUGUGAGGGUCCUUCUCAUCAUGUCAAACAGUGUGGAAAGUUGCUUGGUAUAAGCUUUUGACAUGGUAUUGUCAGCAGCUGUACUUGGUUGUUUUGAUGUAUCUGUACAUUAAAUGGAAAGCCUGUA